UAAUCAAGUUUUUCUUCUUUUUUUUUCUUCUUUUGAUUUGUGAAUUUUGUCAAUGUUGCUGUGAAAAACAAACAUGAAUCGCUAUCUGUUUCUAUGGCCAAUAUUGGUGGUGAUACAAUUAUUCAUUCAACAAUCACGAACGGUUGUAAUCAAAGUGGAAAAUCUACCCGAACAAUGUGAUUAUACACAAUGCCCGAAAUGGAGCAAAGAUGAUAUUAAUGUACAUUUGGUUGCACAUACACAUGAUGAUGUUGGUUGGUUAAAAACUGUUGAACAAUAUUAUUAUGGCCUAAAAAAUGAUAUUCAACGUGCCGGUGUACAAUAUAUAUUGGAUACAAUGAUUGAAGAAUUAAUACGAAAUAAAGAUCGACGUUUUAUUUAUGUUGAAAUAGCAUUUUUUUGGAAAUGGUGGCAAGAACAAAAUGAAGAACAACGUAUGAUUGUUAAAGAAUUAGUUCGUACUGGACAAUUAGAAUUUAUAAAUGGUGGUUGGUCGAUGCCCGAUGAAGCAGCAACACAUUAUAAUUCAUUAAUCGAUCAAUCAACAUGGGGUUUACGACAAUUGAAUGAUACAUUUGGUCGAUGUGGUCAUCCAAAAGUAACAUGGCAAAUUGAUCCAUUUGGUCAUUCAAAAGAAAUGGCUAAUCUUUAUGCACAAAUGGGUUAUGAUGCAUUAUUUUUUGCCCGGCAAGAUUAUCAAGAUCGUGAAAAUCGUAUGACAAAUCGUACAUUAGAACAUGUAUGGCAAGGAUCAGAUGAUCUUGGUGAAAUUGGUGAUUUAUUUACCGGUAUGAUGUUCAGUGGUUAUGGACCAAUUGAAUUUAAUUGGGAUAUAACAAAUGGACCUGAAGAUGCUGUUGUUGAUAAUCCUGAAUCAGAAGAAUAUAAUGUACCGGAUAAAAUUCGACGUUUUGUUGAAAAAGCUAAAUAUUUUGGUCAAUUUUAUGCAACAAAUCAUUUUAUGUUUCCAAUGGGUACUGAUUUUCAAUAUACUGAUGCACAUACAUGGUUUAAAAAUUUAGAUAAAUUAAUUAAUGCUGUUAAUAAAGCUGGUAAAGGUGUACGGGCAUUUUAUUCAACACCAUCAUGUUAUGCACAUGCAUUAUAUGAACAAAAUCGUACAUGGACAACAAAAACGGAUGAUUUUUUUCCAUACGCUUCGGAUGAACAUGCAUAUUGGACUGGUUAUUUUACCAGUAGACCAGCUAUUAAACGUAUGGAACGUAUUGGUAAUAAUCUAUUACAAGCAUGUAAACAAUUAGAUGUUCUUGCUGAUAAUAAUGGUCAAUUUGAAAUGAAUUUAACUAAAAUGCGUGAAGCUAUGGGUGUUAUGCAACAUCAUGAUGCUGUAACCGGUACGGAAAAACAACAUGUUGCAUUUAAUUAUGCAAAAAUGUUAGAUUCAGCAAUGUUACAAUGUCGUCAUAUAAUUAAUGAAUCAUAUAAAAAAUUAUUACCAAAAUCAUCAACAUCUGAACAUGAAUUUUGUCCAUAUUUAAAUAUAAGUUCAUGUCCAACAACCGAAAUGGGUGAAUCACGUAUAAUUUAUUUAUAUAAUCCACUUGGUCAUCGUUUAAUUAAUCAUACUGUACGUUUACCAAUUAAAAAUGGUUAUUAUUAUCGAAUUCAAGAUCAAAAUAAUCAAUCAGUGCCAUCGGUACUGGUACCGAUACCAGAAUUUGUACAAAAAAUUCCUGGUCGUAAAAGCGUUGCUACUAAAGAAUUAGUAUUCCGUGUACCUGUUAUUGAACCACUUGGUAUAACAACAAUGUAUAUGUAUGUUGAUAAAAAUGAACAACCAAAUUCAGCCAUUGAAAUUAAAGGUGAAAAUCCUGAUGAUAAUGAUGAUAAAUCAAAAUGGCAGGUUUUAACAAAAAAUCUUAUUGUUGAAUUUUAUUCAAAUGGAACUAUAUCAAGAAUAUUCAUUGAUAAAUUACAUCAAUCAAUAUCGAUUUCAAAUGAAUUUCGUUUAUAUCAUGGUGCUGGUGGUACUGGUCGUCAUUCAGGUGCAUAUAUUUUUCGUCCAAAUGAACAGAAAACAUUUCCAGUUACAAAUAAAAUUAAAUCAACAUUUUUUAUUGAUCGAAAAUAUCAUAUUGUACAAGAAGUUCAUCAACAAUUUGAUUCAUCAUUUGUUGGUCAAAUCAUACGAAUGGAUAAAUAUAAUGAUAAUGUUGAAUUUGAUUUUGUUGUUGGACCAAUACCGGUUAAUGAUCAAAUUGGUAAAGAAAUCGUUGUACGUUAUAAAACAGAUUUAGAAAAUGAUGAAACAUUUUAUACGGAUGCAAAUGGACGACAAAUGUUACGUAGACGUUGGAAUUAUCGUCCAUCAUGGAAAUAUAAUGUUCAAGAACCAAUAUCGGGUAAUUAUUAUCCAGUAAAUUCACGUAUUGCAAUACGUGAUGAAAAACAAUCAUUACAGAUGACAAUAAUGACUGAUCGAUCACAAGGUGGUUCAUUAUCACCUGAACAAAUUAAUGGUUCAAUUGAUAUAAUGAUACAUCGUCGUUUAUUACAUGAUGAUUAUUUUGGUGUUGGUGAAGCAUUAAAUGAACCAGGUGUUGAUGGUCAUGGUUUAGUUAUACGUGGUAAACAUUUAUUACUUUUAAAUUCAAUCAAACAAUCAGCAUCCGAACAUCGUCCAUUAGCACAACAAAUGUUUAUGGAACCUAUUAUUAGUUUUACAUCGAUCGAAUCGAACAAACAAGCCGAAAAACAAUCAAAUCAAUAUAUUGGAUUAAAUAAUGAUCUACCAUCAAAUGUUCAUCUUCUUACAUUAGAACAAUGGCAUUCAAAACGUUAUCUUUUACGUCUUGAACAUUUUUAUCAAUCGAAUGAAGAUACUGAAUUAAGUAAACCAGUUAAAUUGUCAUUAAGACAUUUAUUUAAAUCAUUUGAAAUAAUUGCUGUUGAAGAAUUAACAUUGGGUGCAAAUCAACCAAUAUCAUCGCUUAAAAAUCGUCUGCAUUAUCGUUAUAAUCGACCAUUAGAACAACGACAACAACAACAAUCAUCAUUAUUGUUGGAUGAUCCAAAAAUUGAAGGUGAAAAUUUCGAUAUUCAUCUUUCACCGAUGCAAAUACGAACAUUUUUGAUCGAUAUCAAACGAAAUUAAUUUUUUUUUUUGCUGUUUGAGCUCUUUUUUACAUUCUCUGUUUGAAACAAUUUUCUCCAAACAUAUUACCAAACCAAACAAAACAAAAAUUAACGACAUUCGAGCCAUAUUUUUUUUCUUUUUCUUCCAUGGAAUUUUCUUAUUUAUAAAUGUAAAACAAAUUCAUAAAAUAUAAACAUUUUUAUCUGUUUGAUUGUUUAUAUUCUGUGACCUUCGAUUCAUUGAUCAUCGAGUUAUCGAUUGAUU